UUGUUUAAGGCAAAGAAAAUCAUCGAGCACAAUCGCAAUAAAGAGCGACGCAAGGAGGAAAAGGAAUCGAAAGAGCGUCGAGAACGAGUUCGACAGGCACAGGAAGCACGAAAACAAGCUGAGGAGGAGGCAAAAAAGAAUGCUGGUGAUACCGGCGGCGGCGCUGGAUUCAGAAUGCCAGCCGGGUUCGAAAAGGUGCUGCAGGAUCCGGAGGUGAUGUCCCUGCUGCAAGAUGAAACUGUUCUGAAGGCAUAUAUGGACAUCACGCAGAAUCCGGCCAACAUUUCGAAACACCUGUCGAACCCGAAAGUUAUGAAACUGUUUUCGAAAAUUGGCAGCGCUGCAGGCGGUUUCGGCAUGGGUACAGGAAAUGCUCAGGUAAAUCUAUAG